CAGGUCUCUGGCCCCCAGGCGGGGCGGCGGGCACCGAGUCACCAGGCACAACCGUGGGCUCCGAGUCAACUGGGAUGACCGCUGGCACUGGGUCAGACAUUGGAUCGCCUGGCUGGACAGCGGGCAUCGGGUCACCAGGCAUCAGGUCAUUUGGCUCGACAGCGGGCACCGCGUCAUCUGGCAAGGCAGUGGGCUCCGAGUCAACUGGUAUUGGAUCGUCUGACUGGACAGCGGGCACUGGGUCACCAGGCAUCAGGUCAUUUGGCUCGACAGCGGGCACCGCGUCAUCUGGCAAGGCAGUGGGCUCCGAGUCAACAGGCACGACAGUGAGCACCGGGUCAUCAGGUACCGGAUUGUCUGGCUCGACAGCGGGCAUCGGGUCACCAGGUAUGACAGCAGGCACUGGGUCACCAGGCAUCAGGUCAUUUGGCUCGACAGCGGGCACCGGAUCAGGUACCGGAUCAUCUGGAUCAACAGCGGGCAUCGAGUCAACUGGCCUAAUAGGAUCGUCAGGCUGGAUCAGUUCAUCAUGCUGGGUAGAGGCAUCAGGCUGAAUGCCGGCGU